UGCAGUUCAUCUAGUUUGGCGAUGGCAUCCCAACUCAAAAAUCUUCUGUUUGUCUCGGCUACUUCUCCUCUCCUGCUGUUGCUGCUAUGCAUGGCCAGUGCAAUCAGCCCUGAAGGAGAAGCGCUCCUCCGAUGGAAAUCCACUUUGCUCAACUCCACCUCUCUGUCCUCAUGGUCGCAUGCCAAUCCGACCUGCUAUUGGCACGGCGUCACCUGUGAUGCAGCCGGUCAUGUUACUCUGCUCCGUCUUCCUGCAUGCGACCUCAAAGGUACACUAGAUGCCUUAUACUCUCCUGCAUUCCAGAACCUCACAGGGAUUGAUCUCUACUACAAUAACAUUUUCGGUGUCAUCCCGGUAAAUAUCUCUUUGUUUCUCACCCUCACAAGUCUGGAUUUGAGCUGGAAUAAUCUUGUUGGUGACAUCCCCUACCAGCUCAGCAAUCUCCCAAAGAUUGCUGAGUUAGAUUUGGGAAAUAACCACUUGACCAACCCAGACCAUACCAAGUUCUCGCCUAUGCCCACUUUGUCGCUAUUAUCUCUAAAUAGCAUCAACCUACAUGGCACCUUUCCACAGUUCAUCCUCAACCGUACCAACGUUUGGUUGGUACAACUUGACCUAUCAAGUAACUCCUUCACGGGUUCGAUACCGACGACCCUGCCAGAUAUAGCACCAAAUUUAAGGCUCAUUGAUCUAUCCUCCAACAUGUUCUUCGGGUGCAUACCACAGUCGCUCUCCAAACUUGCAAGGAUUGAAAGCCUCUAUCUCCAGGAGAACAAUCUUACUGGAGGAAUCCCAAAGGGGCUCAGUAACCUAACUAAUCUGGGAAACAUGGACCUGUCAAGGAACAUACUCUCUGGAGAGUUGCCACCGUCUUUUUCUAGGAUGAAUAAAAUGCAAACGUUUCAAGUGGCGAACAACCACCAUCUCAGCGGCAGCAUCCCAUUGGAGUGGUUCUCAAACUGGACCUUGCUCCGUACUUUUGAUGUGGCAAACAACGACUUGGUCGGGAGCAUCCCACCGGAGAUCACUAGGUGGGAGGUAAUAGACACACUGGUACUCCGAGGCAACUGCCUCAUCGGAAAGGUCCGUGCAGAGCUAGGAUAUCUCCCCAACCUUUAUGCACUGGACCUAUCCAGUAAUAACCUUACUGGUACAAUACCAUUGGAGUUUGGUAAUUUGUCUUAUUUACAAAUCCUUGACCUCAGCAACAACCUCUUGGAGGGAGAGAUUCCAGGAAUCUUGUCCCUCCUUCCUCUCACUGAUAUACUCCUGUCUGGAAACAAGUUCACGGGCAUUGCCGACAAUAAUUUUUGUGAGCUACCUAAUCUAAAACUAUUGGACUUGUCGAAGAAUCUCAUAUCUGGAGCGGUCCCUGGUUGUUUUUGGAACAUACCUUCUGUUACAUACAUGGAUUUGUCAAGCAAUGCCUUUGCUGAAGAAGUUACAGCCUCGACGGUUGACUUUUCUCAACUAGAUUCAGUAGAUCUAUCAAACAACAACCUGACAGGCUGCUUUCCAUCUGUUCUGAAGAACUUAGAACUCCUGGAAUUUUUGGAUCUUGGAGGCAAUAUGUUUUCAGGCAAAAUUCCUUCAUGGAUAGGAGCUAGCCUCUCUAUGCUAAGAAUUCUCCGGCUGCGGUCAAAUAUGUUUCAUGGAAGUAUUCCUUGCGAGGUAUCACAACUCUCUGAUCUCCAGUUGCUUGACCUUGCUGACAACAAUCUUACAGGUCACAUACCUGUAAGUUUUGCUAACUUUAAUUACACAAUCAUGACAAAGCCAGAACUGGAACAUAACAGCGGGCCCAUGGUGAUGGUUGACAGCUUUCUGCCUCACUACAGUGACCAGGUUGACAUAAUCUGGAAGGGGCGUGAUUAUAAUUACAGUAGAAAAAUUAUGCUUAUGACUGGUAUUGAUCUAUCAAGCAACUACCUUUCUGGCGAGAUCCCUGCAGAAUUGUUGAAUCUUGGAGCCAUUCGGUUCCUGAACCUGUCAAGAAAUAAUUUAUCUGGUGCUAUCCCAAGUAACAUUGGUAAUUUAAAAGAUGUGGAGUCUCUUGACCUCUCAUGGAACAAGCUCUCAGGUCCUAUUCCUCCAAGCAUAUCACACCUGAUGUUCCUCAGCUCUCUUAAUCUCUCCAACAACCUUCUUCAAGGAGAGAUACCUUCAGGAAAUCAGCUACAAACACUGGAUGACCCCUCCAUCUAUAGCAACAACCUGGGACUAUGUGGUGUCCCCCUGAGCAUUCCAUGUAAAAAUGGUUCGAGUUCUACAACAGCACUGGAUGGGGCAAAGGAAGGCCACCAUCAACUUGAAACCCUGUGGCUGUACUACUCAGUGAUUGCUGGAACUGUCUUUGGUUUCUGGAUAUGGUUUGGAACAUUGUUUUUCUGGAGCAUCUGGAGGUUUACGUUCUUCAGUUGCAUCGAUGCCAUGCAGCAGAAGUUUAUGCUGAAGAUGAAGCGUAUGGAAGUGGAUGCAGAUCCAGUGACUGCGACGACGCUGAAAUAUAUUCACUUUUUCCCAUAUAAUAACUUUGGUCCAUGUGCAGCUACUUCUAAAGGCAAUGCAUACAACAUUCUGUCCGCUGCAAUGGCGCUGCUGAAAUUCUUCCAUAUUUCCGUUUUCCUGCUCGUAUGCACGGCCAAGGCGACCAACCCGGAAGCAGAAGCACUACUUCGAUGGAAGUCCACUUUGAUUGGUGCCAACUUGCUGUCCUCUUGGUCGAUUACCAACUCUACAUGCUCUUGGUUCAGCGUCACCUGUGAUGCCGCCGGACAUGUUACCGAGCUCCACCUUCCCGACGCGGGGCUCCAUGGUACGCUUCAUGCCUUCUACUCUGCAGCGUUCCAGAACCUCACUCUGCUAGAUCUUUACAACAACAACCUUGUUGGCGUCGUCCCAGCCAAUAUCUCCAUGUUGAUGUCCCUUGAUGUUCUGGACUUGAGCUAUAAUAAUCUUGCUGGUGCCAUUCCCUACCAACUUAGUAAGCUUCCAGUGAUUGUUGAGUUAGAUUUGGGAAAUAACCACUUGACCAACCCGGAAUAUGCCAAGUUUUCACCUAUGUCCACUUUGAAGUUGCUAUCUCUAGCUAAUAAUGACCUCAAUGGUACCUUCCCACAAUUCAUCCUCAACUGCUCUAGUCCUAGUAUGAGGUCUCUAGAUUUAUCGGGUAACGCCUUCUCAGGGCCGUUACCAGAUUCACUGCCUGAGAUGGUUCCAAGAUUGUGGUAUCUGAAUUUAUCCUCUAAUGGAUUCUCUGGUUCCAUCCCUCGCUCACUCUCAAGGCUCCAAAAGCUCAAGUGGCUAUAUCUCAACUCAAAUAAUCUCACAGGAGGAAUCCCUAAGGAGCUUGGGAUGAUAACAGGAUUGAGAAUACUUUCGCUGUACAACAACUCACUUGGUGGGUCGAUCCCAACCUCACUUGGGGAGCUUCAGUUGCUACAGCGGCUUAACAUUGGAAACACUGAUUUGAUUUCUAGUCUUCCGCCCGAGCUGGGGAAUCUUACCAGUCUUGAACACAUGGUACUGGAAGGGAAUCAUUUGUUUGGAAGCGUGCCGCCAUCUUAUGGCAGACUGCGGAAUUUGCACUAUUUUGACAUAGGGAACAACAGAAUCAAUGGUACCAUUCCACAAGAGAUUUCUACAAACUGGACCAAGAUGAAGGUUUUUGAUGUAUCCAACAACUGGUUGACCGGAAGCAUCCUCCCACAGAUCAGCAAGUGGAAGGACCUUGUUUUUCUCGCCCUGUACAACAACAAUUUUAUUGGCUCGAUCCCAGUGGAGAUGGGAAGCAUGCGGAACUUGCAGCUAUUGUCCUUGUACAAGAAUCACAUAACUGGAACAAUACCGCCAGAUAUCGGUAAUGCGACAUCUUUGAAAUUCCUUGACAUCAGCUUCAACCAUCUUGAGGGCGAGCUUACUGCAGCCAUCACGUUGUUGGUAAAUCUUGUUGUCCUUGACUUGUCUAGCAACAAGUUUACAGGUAUCAUUCCUAAUCUUGAUAGCAGGAAGUUGGCAGUUCUUAAGGUGGCUGGGAAUAGCAGCUUCUUGUCAGAACCAUUGUCUGCCUUUUGUCAACUAAAACAUUUGCGACUCUUGGGUCUAUCAAAUAAUAAGUUAAUUGGACAGUUUCCUGGUUGCUUGUGGAACUUGAAAGAUUUACAAUCCUUGGAUUUGUCAAGCAAUGCUUUUUCUGGAGAAGUUCCAACCUCAACUUACUACAAUACUUCACUAAGAUUGCUGCAGUUGUCGAACAACAAGUUCACAGGUUGCUUUCCAGCAGUGAUGAAGAACUUCAAAAGCCUUGUUAUUUUAGAUCUCGGGAACAAUGAGAUUUCUGGUGCAAUUCCUCCGUGGAUAGGGGAAAGCAAUCAUCUGCUGAGGAUCCUUAGACUGCGAUCAAAUAUGUUCUAUGGAAGUAUUCCUUGGCAGCUAUCACAGCUCUCCCAUCUGCAAUUACUUGAUCUGGCUGAAAAUAAAUUCGUAGGGACCAUACCAGGAAGUUUUGCAUAUUUUCCUUCAAUGAGACAGUCAGACAUGUUGCAGCCGGUUCUAACAAUCAACAUACGAUCUACCACCUUUGGAUAUUUUUACAAUGGCAGCACGGACAUAGUUUGGAAGGGACGGGAGCAUACAUUUAAGGGAAGAGAUGCAUUUGUGACUGGUAUUGAUCUCUCCAGCAAUUCUCUAUCUGGUGAAAUCCCUUUAGAGUUGACAAAUCUUAGAGGCAUCCAGUUUCUAAAUAUGUCAAGAAAUCAUCUAUCUGGUGGUAUCCCGAAGGAUAUUGGCAAUCUGAAGUUGUUAGAAUCCCUUGACAUCUCGUGGAACAAACUAUCAGGCCCUAUUCCUCCUAGCAUAUCGAACUUGAUAUUCCUCAGCUCUCUUAAUCUCUCAAACAACCUUCUAUCCGGGGAGAUACCUACAGGCAAUCAACUCCAAACAUUGGAUGAUCCGUCAAUUUAUAGCAACAACAUGGGACUUUGUGGCUCUCUGUUGAACAUUUCAUGUAAAAAUGACUCGGAUAGGGGAAUGGAACAACAUGAAGAACUUGAAACCAUUUGGAUGUACUACUCAGUGAUUGCUGGAACGGUUUUUGGUUUGUGGUUAUGGUUUGGUACGUUAUUUCUUUGGAAGCUGUGGCGAUGUGCUUUCUUGAGUUGCAUUGAUGCCAUGCAACAAAAGGUUAUGAAGAAGAUGAUGCAUAUCUGAAAGUACAGAAAGCUGUCCAAGUAUUGAAUGUCUUAGUUGACUUGACAUAUUUUGUUUCAACGUUCAAGGCAAGUAUGCCAUGUAUUGGCAUGGGAUUUCUGUUAUGCAGAUUUUUUUUUGAAUAAGUUUGUUAUACAGCUUUAGUCAGGGGUAACGGUGCAUGUCUCACUCAUGUUUUUGUAAGCGUCUGUUGUAAUAAAUCUCAUAAUAUUUGUAAAGCCUAUUCUGCUUUGGUCA